AUGAAGUAUGUUAAUGGCGGGAAUCAGGACGAAUUGCGCGAAAUUGUUGAGUUUAUUGUAGAACCAUGGGACACUCCGAACAAUCGAACUAUAACAAUGUUUCUGCUAGACGAACGCAAUGAGCAAGUACUUAUUUUUGGCAGACAAACAAUACAGAUGUGGAAAUUUACGUCUGAAGGACAAAGCUUACAAUACAUUUGGUGCAAACCAAUAUCUGCAGUAAAUUACAGUAUUGACAAGCCUUCGCUAGGUAGAGAUAAGAAAGGCCUCAAAUUUCAAUGUAUUGUCGAAGGCUCCAGUGAAGAGCUGAUACUAUCGCUACAUCCAACUCAAUUCGAAACAACUUUACAUGCAUUGUAUGCCCGUAAAUUUCUGGAAUCCAAAGACCAUGGUUCGAGCCACGGAUGGCACCUUUCUGAGCUAUUGAAACAAUGCGAAGAGAUUGUUUACAGAACCAUCCGCACUAACGCUCAAAUAUUUAACGCGUACGUAGACGGUAGAUCCAUGGUGCACUUACUGAUUGAUCUGGAUAGCGCGUUUGCAGAUUCAAUGUUAGAAGAACUGUUACAAAAGGACGUUUAUAUUCCUUCCGAAAACAAAGAGUCUGCUCUAUUGUGCGCAAUAUCAAAAGGAAAGACAAAGGUGGUUCGUCUGUUGUUAAAGUAUUACUGCCGCAGAACCGAAGAAAAGGCAAAAGGAAAGUCAGAAUUUUGGACGCUGACCAUUGUUCCUGUGUUUAAAAAACUGAUAACAAAAUAUCCAGACUCCGCCUCAGAAUUAAUGAAAUCUAUGAGCGAUUUACCCUUGGACGAGAAAAUUGUAUGGAGUAACCAAAAAGAUUUACAUGCAUUUAUCUGCGAGACAGAUGAAGCGCACGAGAUGAGCGCGCCGAGGAAAACAGAUGAAAUCGAUGAGGCAAAUAAG